UCUGCACACGCGACCUAGACAAUAUACGCGCAGUGAUCCAGUCGUUUCCCGUUUUAUUCUCCUUUCCACAGCUUCCCGCGAUCCCAAGCGUUCCUCCUGCUGCAAUUGAGCCGAUGGCACCGAAGAACAUCCCCGCUGACGAGCAGACUGUGUUCGCCCCAAGUCCCGCGUCGCCCGCCCCGCCAGAUCUACGUUUCCUACACUACAACGAUGUUUACCACGUCGAAGCUGGAUCCGCUGAGCCUGUUGGAGGCGUAGGAAGAUUCCAAGCGCUGGUCAAUUAUUACCGGGAGGAUGAGAAGUUCAAAGACCAGCCGAAGCUGGUUACCUUUUUCUCUGGAGAUGCCUUCAACCCGAGUUUGGAGAGCAGUGUGACGAAGGGAAGCCACAUGGUACCUGUACUAAAUGGAAUCGGAACGGAUGUGGCCUGUGUCGGGAACCACGAUCUCGACUUCGGCGUGAAACAGUACAUGCACCUUUCCGAACAAUGCAAAUUUCCCUGGCUACUCGCGAAUGUUAUCGACCCUGCCCUCGGAAACGAUGUGCCUCUUGGUAACGCGAAGAAGACGGUUAUGCUCACAUCCUCGAACGGCAUCAAAAUUGGCGUCAUCGGUCUGGCAGAGCGGGAAUGGCUAGAUACCAUCAACUCGCUACCGCCGAACAUAAUAUACAAGAGCGCAAGUGCGACGGCAAAGGAGCUGAUCCCAAACCUGAAGCAGCAGGGCGCGCAGAUAAUCGUGGCAGUGUCCCACCAGAGAGAGCCGAACGACAACAAGCUUGCCGAAAAGACUGGAGGGGGCUUGAUUGACAUCAUCCUCGGUGGACAUGACCACUACUACGCUCACAGCGUUAUCAACGGGACGCACGUCUUGCGGUCCGGCACAGAUUUCAAACAGCUCUCCCACAUCGAGGCAUGGAAGAAGUCAAGCGGCCAGGGUUGGGACUUCAAGAUUACAAGAAGAGACGUUGUCAGCAGUAUACCGCAGGAUCAAGAAGCCAUGAAACUAGUGGAGGGUCUGACGAAGAAGUUGAACGAGAAGCUGGACAAGCCGAUAGGCUACACUGCCGCCCCUCUGGACGCCCGCUUCACCACCGUCCGCACAAAGGAGUCAAACCUCGGCAACUUUGUUUGCGAUCUCAUGCGAUUCUAUUACGAGGGAGACUGCUGUAUUAUGGCCGCUGGCACUAUUCGCGGCGAUCAAAUUUACCCACCGGGCGUUCUGAGGGUCCGCGACAUAGUCAACUGCUUCCCGUUCGAAGAUCCCGUAGUUGUGAUGCUGGUCACCGGAAAACAAAUACGUGAAGCAUUAGAAAACGGCGUGUCCAAUUAUCCUGCGCUUGAAGGACGCUUCCCACAAGUGUCAAACAUCUUCUUCGAGGUGGAUUACUCUCAGCCACCGAUGAAGCGGGUAUCCAGUGUCCAGAUUGGGGAGGAUCCGUUGGACGAGGAGAAAGAAUACAAGCUUGUCACCCGAGGCUACAUGGGCCGUGGAAAAGAUGGCUACACCUCGCUUCUCAUUGAAGAAGAAGGCGGCACGGCGAAGGAAAUAGUAAGCGAAGAAAACGGCGUGCUCAUCUCCACCAUCCUCCGACAAUACUUCAUGUCACUAAAGGUCCUCGGGAAAUGGAAGAACUGGGCGCCCGACAUGACCGAUAAAUUCUCCAAGGUCCAGCUUUCCCUUCAACGCAAACAUACGUUCCAUGACCCGGCCGCCUCACCUACAAGUCCCACAACGCGUUCUAACAUCGCCAUACCACCAUCACAAAAGCAUCACGACGGCGCACAGGAGGAUCCCGAUACUGACGACGAAGACUACGAGUACGACGACAGUGAAUUGAUUCGGUUCAACGAGCAUGAAUUGGCGUUGCUGAGGAGAGCUAUGCGGAAGUGGUGGAGACUAGCAGGACUGAAAAGCCCGCCGAAGUGUGCGGAUGAGGUGGGCAAGGAGGAGUUGAGGGUCGACUGGACGAGGGCUAUUGCGCCGCGGAUAGAGGGGAGGAUAAAGGAGAUUAACAAAUCAUAAGCUCGUGCGUGAUGGCAGUCACAGUAUCAAACUACUGGGAAACAGCAACCUUUCACGUUCUGAAAGUGACGUUGCAUGCCCGCCUUCCCUC